AUGCCGGACCCAACAACCAAAGAAAACGCCAUCCCUCUGCUAGAGCGCGAUGUAGAAGCGCAAGCGCAAGCCGAAGACAAGAAGUACGAAUCUGAUCCAGUACCAGCGAACGUCCCAGCGAAGCCAUCAACCAGCGCGAAGAAACAGUUCCUAAUAUGGACGGCCAUCAAUAUGCUCUCUACGAUUGGUAUCGUCUUCACCAACAAAGCAAUCUUCGAUGAUCCAGCUUUUAAACUCAUGCAAACCUCAUUUGCGAGCUUCCAUUUCGUAUGCACGGGAUUAACACUAUACGUCGUCUCACGCCCCUUCUUCGGCGCCUUCGAACCCAAAAGAGCCGGAAUCGUAGAAAUGCUCCCUCUCGCCUUCUCCAUGUGUCUGAACGUCGUGCUCCCCAACCUCUCUCUAGCCUUCAGCACCGUAACAGUCUACCAACUCUGCCGGGUCCUCCUCACGCCCCUCACGGCCCUGCUCAACUUCGUCCUCUACAAAGCCACCAUUCCCCGCAACGCAGUCCUAGCACUCAUCCCCGUCUGCGUCGGCGUCGGCAUCACCAGCUACUACGACAUCAAGCCCUCCGCCCCUACCCCAGGCAAGAAACCCCAGACGACCAGUCUCAUCGGGAUUUUCUUCGCCUUGGCAGGUGUAUGCGCAUCUUCAGCGUAUACCGUGCUCAUCGGCGCGUACCACAAGAAACUCAACAUGUCGUCCUCGCAACUGCUUUUUAACCAGGCGCCUAUCUCCUCGGUUAUGCUUCUCUUCGCCGUGCCGUUUGCGGAUCACAUCCCCGUGUUAAGCGCCGUACCGCAGUAUCGCUGGUUGAUGAUUCUCAUGUCCGGUGGUUUUGCUGCGUUGAUCAAUAUCUCCCAAUUUUAUAUUGUAGCGGGCAGUGGUCCCGUUAGUAGUACGGUGGUCGGUCACUUGAAGACUGUCAGUAUUGUGGGUAUUGGAUGGGUGUUAAGUGGGAAGAGCGUCAAGGAUUGGAGUGCGGUGGGUGUGGUUAUGACUAUUGCUGGUAUUGUGAUCUACUCCAACAUCAUGCUCAACAAACCACGCUAA